GGUAGGGCCAGCGCGCAGGCGCACUCGCGGAAGGCGGCGGCGGGCGGGAAGCCCGAGGGCCAGCGGGGAUUGUGAGCCGCUGGAAUCUUUCUUGCAUUGCUGCAACAGAGAGCCGCUUUCUGAUUCCACACUUAGAAGCUGCCGUCCCUUGAAAUUGGCUGAAAUUCUCCACUACAGAGAAGUGGUAACACCUUGAAUACUGAUGAUUUUCUCUGAACUUCUGAUCUGAAGGAGUUUUGAGGUGGAGGACGUGUACCUGUUUGAAAGUACCGAGGAGACAUUUUUGAAAGUGUCUGAGGGAGGCCUGUUCUUUCUUUGUGGCCCAAGUGAAGAACAGUUAUGAAAGAAUGGCAUACCAUGACCAUUGUGGUCCUCAUUGGACUAACAGUCCGCUGGACGGUCUCUCUGAACGCUUACUCAGGUGCUGGAAAACCUCCCAUGUUUGGAGAUUAUGAAGCCCAGAGACACUGGCAAGAAAUUACUUUGAAUUUACCAGUCAAGCAGUGGUACUUCAAUAGCAGUGAUAACGAUUUGCAGUACUGGGGCCUAGACUAUCCACCUCUCACAGCCUACCACAGUCUCUUAUGUGCCUACGUGGCAGCAUUUAUCAAUCCAGACUGGAUCGCGCUGCACACAUCCCGGGGUUACGAGAGUGAGCAGCACAAGUUAUUCAUGCGUUCAACAGUUUUUAUUGCCGAUGUGAUGAUUUACGUCCCUGCAGUUGUCUUAUACUGUUGUCAUUUAAAAGAAACUUCACCCAAAAAGAAGGUCGCGAGUGCUUUUUGCACGUUGCUGUACCCAGGUCUCCUUCUGAUUGACCAUGGACACUUUCAAUAUAACUGUGUGAGUCUCGGCUUGACUCUGUGGGGUGUUCUUGGCCUGUCUUGUGACCGGGACAUCCUGGGGUCGUUGGCGUUUUGCCUGGCCAUAAAUUAUAAACAAAUGGAACUUUACCAUUCUUUGCCAUUCUUUUGCUAUUUGCUAGGCAAAUGUUUGAAGAAGGGUCUGAAAGGAAAGGGAUUGUUGCUGCUCGUUGAACUCAUCACGACAGUGGUCGCUGCCUUUGCUCUUUGCUGGCUGCCCUUUUUUACAAAAGUGGAACAGACCGUGCAAGUGAUAAGAAGACUCUUCCCAGUUGCCCGGGGACUCUUUGAGGACAAAGUAGCCAAUUUUUGGUGCAGCCUCAACGUCCUUCUGAAGAUCAAGGACCUCCUUUUGCCUCACACGCAGCUGAUGUUCAGCUUUGCGUUGACGUUCCUGAGCCUGCUUCCUGCGUGUAUAAAGCUAACCCUUCAGCCCAGUCUCAGAGGCUUUAGAUAUACUCUGGUUAGCUGUGCUUUGUCAUUCUUCUUAUUCUCCUUCCAAGUCCAUGAAAAAUCCAUCCUUUUGGUCUCAUUACCAGUCUGCUUAAUUCUAAAUGAAGUUCCAUUUAUGUCAGUAUGGUUUUUACUUGUGUCAACGUUUAGCAUGCUUCCUCUGCUUCUGAAGGACCAGCUCGCGCUGGCCUCCGUUGGGACCACACUAGGCUUUUCCGUGGCCUGUGCAGCUUCCUUUUCGAUAUUUGAAAACGUUUCUGAAGAAGAACUGCAAUUAAAGUCCUUUUCCAUGUGUGUUCAGAGGCACAUCCCUGGUUUCAAGGUUCCUGCUAAAAUGCUAAAAACAUGGUUUCUAGUCUCCAUGAUGACAAUGAGCCUUCUGACCCUCCUGAGCAUCACUGUGGAGCCUCCACACAAGCUGCCUGACCUUUUUCCUGUGCUCGUGUGUCUUGUUUCCUGUUUGCAUUUUCUCCUUUUCUUGAUAUACUUUAAUAUUAUAAUUCUGUGGGAUCACAGAAAUGGAAGAAGCCAGAAGAAAAUCAACUAAUCGUCCUCAAAAAGCAGCAGAGCCAGAUAAUUUUUAAAAUGUGACUGUUGGUGAUGUGUCAUUAACUUGUGCUGUCCAAAAGCGAAAUUCUGUUGAGAAUUGUGUAUCUUAGAGCAGAGAGGCAGCGUGGCAGGGUGGGCAAGGGCUGAAAUCAGGAAGCUGUCUCCUUCAUAGACUUUGGCCAAGUGACUCGGGCACAUCGCAGGUAUGGAGUUUCCACAACUAGAGUUCCUUAUCCCAGUGCAGUCACAAGCUUGGGCUCCAAGCCCCUCACAUAGGGACCAAAGUACAAUUGACAUUCUUCUUUCCAGUUAUGCCUUAGCUGUGGCAAGGUAGGAUUUCAUAAAUAUUGAUUGUGAGAAAGCGGAAUGUGUGCUUCCUGAUGACUCCUUAAGGGAUGUGUUUCCUAGAUUGUUGUGCUUUGGGGUUGGCUGCACAUACCCUGGAGUUUGAUGGGAUAAUGUGGCCUCCUCUGUUUCAAGAGGACACUCGUAGGAUACUGAAAUUCAAAUGAAGACUUGCUUUAGGAGUUGUGGCUAUCCAAAAGAGCAUAUAGGGACUUUCCCACAAAUUCAGCUGGGUUCAUCAAGCUAGAGCAGUUUUUAAACAAUCUUGGAAAAUCAAACAUUGAGUGAUUUUUUAAAAAAAAAUUUAGACAAUACAAAAUUGGUUGAAAUUUGACAGUUCCUAAGUACAUUCUUUCAUUUAGACAUCUGUGUAAUAGGCACAUAUUUAUUUUACAAAGCUGAAAGACUUAACUAUAAAUGAAUUCUUCCCAAUUUAAACCCAGGCUCCACAGUCCUUGCCUCUUCUACAUGGUCUCCCUGCCUUCUGGGGUUAUGCAGUUUAUUUAAGUGGUCAUCCACAGCAUUUCAUGCCUCUGGAUCCUUUUCUCAUGUGACACAAUGAAGCCUGCCAAAGCCACUCCAGCAAUAACUGGGCCUCAGUAUCAGACUUAAUGUUAACACAACCCCUUAAUAAGGUAGAAUGAGGCUCCACUUGCCAAAGCCCAUUCCUCUCAAGGAAUCUCGGUGUGAAGGUUGUAUCUUCUCCAUGUCUUAGCCUCUGCCCUAGUUUUCUGUGAUAAAAAAUAAAGCAAAUCAUGUCAUUGGCAAUAUGUUUUUAAAAAUGGAUUCUUAGUGAUCUAGAAAUGAAAACGUGUUAGUAAAGUGCUUACAUGUCACCCUGGUGGCAGUUUCAAGGGUGGCUCUGGAGAGUGGCCAGCUUGCGGGUGUGAAGCCUCAGUGUGGGCAGGUCAGAAAUCAUGAAGUGUUUCUUUCUCAGAGCGAACGUGCACAAAGACUGUGAGGGCGAGUCAGCACAGAUGAGCAGCCUUGAAUCCUUGCCGCAUCAGCAGGAUCCCUGUGCCCAUCCGCAGCCACCAUCCGUAAUCACUGUGGCCGCAUGUCAACAGCAGGGCUGGCUGGGACAGCCUUAAGGGGAGGGCUUUUAGCACCGUGAUUGUAUUAAAUGCAUGAGAGGGAUUGGAACGAGAUUCAUGAGACAAUGAUACAAGUUUAAGAAAUUUCAAGUUUUAUUUGUAACUGCUUUAAUAUAGAUUGGAAUAGAAAAAUACUUAACAAAGCUCCAUUAUUACCUGGAUGAGUAAAUCAGAAGGCAGAAGCCUCCCACAAAGUUUUCUGCAUGUCUGCUAUGAAUUCUUUAACACCAUCUAGAACA